GAGCGAUGACCUCAGGAACCUGUCCCUCUCGGGCCACGUGGGCUUUGACAGCCUCCCCGACCAGCUGGUCAACAAGUCAACGUCGCAGGGCUUCUGCUUCAACAUCCUGUGUGUGGGUGAGACUGGCAUCGGCAAGUCAACGUUGAUGGACACGCUGUUCAACACCAAGUUUGAGAGUGAACCUGCUACGCACAACGAGCCUGGUGUGAGGUUGAAAGCCAGGAGCUACGAGCUGCAGGAGAGCAAUGUCCGUCUGAAGCUGACGAUCGUAGACACGGUUGGAUUUGGUGACCAGAUUAACAAAGAUGACAGCUACAAGCCCAUAGUAGAAUAUAUUGAUGCACAGUUUGAAGCGUACUUGCAAGAAGAGUUGAAGAUCAAACGCUCCCUGUUCAACUACCACGACACCAGGAUUCACGCCUGCCUCUACUUCAUUGCACCAACUGGGCACUCACUGAAGUCCCUAGACUUGGUCACCAUGAAGAAGCUCGACAGUAAGGUGAACAUCAUCCCCAUCAUUGCCAAGGCUGACACCAUAGCGAAAAACGAGUUGCACAAGUUCAAGAGUAAAAUCAUGAGCGAGCUGGUCAGCAACGGUGUCCAGAUCUACCAGUUCCCAACAGAUGAAGAGACAGUGGCAGAGAUCAACGCGACAAUGAGCGUCCACCUUCCGUUUGCCGUUGUUGGCAGCACUGAAGAAGUGAAGAUUGGCAACAAGAUGGCAAAAGCCAGGCAGUACCCAUGGGGUGUUGUGCAGGUUGAAAAUGAAAAUCACUGUGACUUUGUGAAGCUGCGGGAGAUGCUGAUCCGCGUGAACAUGGAGGACUUGAGAGAGCAGACACACACCCGACACUAUGAGCUGUACAGGCGCUGCAAACUGGAAGAGAUGGGAUUCAAGGACACAGAUCCAGACAGCAAACCUUUCAGCCUCCAAGAGACUUACGAAGCAAAGAGGAAUGAAUUCCUGGGUGAACUCCAGAAGAAGGAGGAUGAAAUGAGGCAGAUGUUUGUCAUGAGAGUCAAGGAAAAGGAAGCAGAGUUGAAAGAAGCAGAGAAAGAUCUCCAUGAAAAGUUUGACCAUCUAAAGAGGACUCACCAAGAAGAGAAGAAAAAGGUCGAAGACAAAAAGAAGGAGCUUGAAGAAGAGCUGAACAACUUCCAAAAGAAGAAGGCAGCAGCUCAGCUAUUACAGUCACAGGCUCAGCAGGCAGGUUCUCAACAAACCAAGAAAGACAAGGACAAGAAAAACGCAAGCUUCACAUAAAGCCUGUCAAGCCAAGGAUGUUCCUGCAUUCACCUGCUUUUGCAGUAAUGUGUCUCUGCCAUCUGUUUUUUUUCUUUUUUCUUUUUUUUUUUUUUAACACAAAUAACUAUUAACUCAUCUAAUACCAUAGUGGGAAGAAGAAGGAAGAAGGGUUGGGUACAGGACUACGUGCAACUGCAGACUCAGGGAUGGGUGGCCUGGGAAGGUAACGAUACGGUGCAUUUUUUUCCGGUCAAAACCAGCAGCAGUAAAUCGCUCUGGCCCUGGAUUUGAAUUGGGAGCGCGGCUCGGACAUCAGCG